CUAAUCAAAGACAGGCAACACUCACUAGUAUGCCCUCGUAUUCACCCCCCUUUCGCGUAGUGCCUAGCCCAGAUCAUGUCCUACUACUCCUAGCGAGAAACAGGCGAAAAAUAUUUGGCUAGCUAGCUAAAGAUUGCAAAACCCUAUCUUGGGAAAUAUAAUAAUUACUGUGAAAUUCCUUUGUUUUAAAACGUGUGACUUCUAACCGUAUCUAUACUUUUUUGUUUUCCAACUUAAAAAGAUGUCAACUCCAGCAAGACGGCGUUUAAUGAGAGAUUUUAAACGGCUUCAAGAGGACCCUCCUGCUGGAGUUAGUGGAGCCCCUUCAGAAAACAAUAUCAUGGUAUGGAAUGCUGUAAUUUUUGGCCCAGAGGGAACACCUUUUGAAGAUGGAACUUUCAAACUCACAAUAGAAUUCACAGAGGAGUACCCUAACAAGCCUCCAACAGUGCGUUUUGUCUCCAAAAUGUUUCAUCCAAAUGUCUACGCAGAUGGUAGUAUAUGCUUGGACAUUCUUCAGAACCGCUGGAGUCCGACUUACGAUGUUUCUUCAAUCCUAACUUCAAUACAGUCUUUACUGGAUGAGCCCAAUCCCAACAGCCCAGCCAACAGCCAGGCAGCUCAGCUGUACCAGGAGAACAAGCGGGAGUAUGAGAAGAGGGUGUCUGCCAUCGUGGAACAGAGUUGGCGCGAUUGUUGACCCCCUCACCGUUCCCAAAGUAUGAACAAUAUCCAGCCUCAUGUCAAAACGAAAACACAAAAGAAUCUCAUAAAGGAAAUGAAAUGCACAUCAUGGUUUGAAUCUUUCUCCGCAUUAUGUUUGUAUGUUGUUGUGGUUUCACUUCAUGCAGAAUGCUCCUCCUGGACAAGAACACAUCUUCAUCAAAGUAAAUGUACCUUGUUAUAUCUGGAUUACUUACAAUGUAAUUUACCCCCAUAUUUUUAUCUUGGGACAAAAAGGUAUAUGUUCAUUAGGAGUUACAUCUGUAUCUUGUCAUUUUAGUGGUUUUAAGUCCUCUGCUUGCAGUGUGAUUUGCUGUGUGGAUUUUUUAAUUUAUUUUUUAUUCUUUGAAUGUUUUGUUUCUAGCAUCUCUCACACAUUUGCCUUUUUGAAGCUUUAGUAUGAUAGUAACUAAAAACAAUAUGAUGAA